AUGCUGCGCUCCUCCAGCUCUGCACUGCUCAACACGCUCCAGCGAACACACGCCGCGCCGCGCGCAGCCCGCUCGUACGCCGCCCAGACGUCGACGAGCGCCAAAAAGGCCAAGGGAGGACGGCCCAUCGACACGAUGGCGGGAGACCCGCGAACGCAGUCCAUCAAGACGGUGCUGUUGGAGUCGGACCCGUCAGAGGAGGAACGGUUGGAGGCGCUCCUCAAGGUCAUCCCCUCGCCUGAAGCUCACGAGACGAUCGAGCGCGCCUGGCAACUUCACCUCCGGCACAAGCGAGAAGCGCACCAGGCCGAAAUACAUCGCAAGUACGCCUCAAUGCGCGCCGCGAUGGACCUCCUCGAGGAGACGGACAAGGAGCUUUUCAGGAAGGCGUGCGGCAAGGCGUUCACGACCUUGGAGCAGGCGGACGCGACGAAUGCACGGUUGAACGGGCUGGUCCCGAGGGAAUGGAAGGUUCCGACUGACUUGCCGGCGGGCAAGAUGUGGAAUGCGGAGUGGAAGGCGCCGAAGGUCAGGAAGCCGGAGAUGGCGGCAGCGGCGGAGCAGCGACCAGCAGCAUGA